AUGAAAUAAUUCAGAUAGCCUAAUAACUAUUAAUCAGAAUAAGCAAAUAUUCGCCAAUACAACUCUAAUCUAUACGAUCAUGACAUUGAUGAUGAUGAACUAGGUUACAGUGGCAACUUAAAUUAGAAUCAUUUGAGCAAUAAAAACAAAGGAGAAAGCACUGAUCAAAAGAAUAAAAAUUAAGAAGUCCCAAGUGUUUUUGACUACAAAAAGCAUUCAGAAGAUUUAAUUGAGAAAGCGAAACUAGAAGUAAUUUAGGAUGUUAAAAACGAAAUAAAAAAGAUACUUGAGAAUAAGAAUAAUUUCUAUUAGAUAUUGAGUCAGAAAAUGAAUAAUAAGUAAAUGGGAGAGCAUGAAUAUGAAUAGUAUGCUGACAAACAUACAUUUCAAAGUGACUACGAAAGUUAGAAGUAAAAAUUGGGGCAAGAUAAAAACAUUACCCGCAAUCACAAUCGCUUCAGUAAGGCUUUAUCUGAAUAGAGAUAAAGAAAAAUAAUAGACUACUAGGAUGAUUAAAAGAACAAUGAAUUAUCUUUGCCAGCAAAUAAUCCUCAUUUACUAAUCUAACCUUACUAGAAUUAAAUGUUAAAUCAAAAUUUCGAUAAAAAGCCUAUUAAAACUAAUACUGAAAGAUUGCCAGGUCUUCUUUAUUAGUAGCUUGAAAAAACAGUCGAUUACUAUGAUAAGUAACUUGACUAAGAGAGAUUUCUUAUAAAUUAUGGCGGGGGUAGUUUAGUUCGGGGAUAGGUAGGUGUAGGAGAUACGCUUAAAAAGUAUGAUCAUAUUAUCAGAAAUAAGCGUUACGAUAAAAUGAUGCAGAGCUCAGAGAUUGAAGAAAUGGAAAAAAUGUCUGAUAUUAGUAAAGAUAAUCCAUAUAACAUAAUUAACUUUAGCCCUUAAAAUCCAGAGGCUAAUCCUAAAGUAUACAAUCAAGCCCACUAAAAUUACAGUAAUAAUCUCACAAGAAACCCUUAGUCCUAUUAAAUCAAUAAAAUGAAUAAUUAAAAUAAAAAAAUAUUUGAUGUUCCUUAGAAGCAAUUCAAAAUAAAUUCAAAUAAUAACACAUUCUAAAAUCUGGCUAAAGAAGUAAUUAGCUUGCAAAAAGGAGAGGUUGAAUAAAAGCGUUUAAAUAACUAUAAUAUCUCAGUCGCACCUAACAUUAAUAAUAAAGCUUUGAUUUUUGUUAAAAAGAGUAGAGAUCUAAGUGUUGACUAAUCGAAACAGAGGUCCUAAUACAACAAUAAGAUAGAUGUUAGAAGUCUUAAAAACUAUUGA